AUGUUCUCCAACGUUGCCUCGACCCUCGCCUUCAGCCUCGGAUUGGCCUCCAUGGCAUCAGCAGCAGCAGUUGCAGCACCCCAAAGCGACAGCGGAGACAAUCUCUGGCACAUCUCGGGCUUUGACGCCCGCUGCGCCAACGCCCGCUGCCAGUACUCCUUCCAAAUCACCAGCUAUGGUGAUGAUGACAUCCCUGGCUUCUCGGCCUCUUGCCAGACAACGGGCAUUUCACGCAACGACCAGACUUGGAGGCCCUGCACCGUUACCUAUGGCAGCUCUGAUGGUGUGCAGAGUGUGAAGGUGUACCUGCCGCUCACUCCCCUGAGGCCAAACAGCCCAACCCAGUUCCGCAUCCGGGCUGCAUUCAGCGACAGCGAUCGUGUCACGUACUACACUGCUUCUCUGAACGGCAGCUACAAUGGCUGGCGCGACACCAGCAGGCGCGGUAGCGACGCUGGCAAAUUCGACAUGUAUCCAGCAGCCUCCGCAGCUGUUGCUUAG